AUGUGCCUCUCCUCUCCCCAAUCUGAGUUGCGUGCCUCAGCAGAAUUUCAAUAUGCAUUAAGUUCUUUGUCAUCUUGUCAACAUGACCUGAUGACUGUACCAGAUUUUUGUGGCAUAUGGGGAGUUAUCAACGGUUGUGGUCAUGUAUUCUAUGAAAUCUUCACACAGUUGAUAACAUAUAAUGCUGCCGAGAAGAAAUGGAAUGUCAUGUGGCAGUCACCCUUUUUUAGUGACUUUGAAGACCCUGUCCGAGACAAAAGUUUUUCAGUGACAAUAAUAUCUACGGGAACGAAUACAGCAGAAUUAUGUUUCUAUUUUGGGUUAUUAAUGCAAAUGGCGAACUAUGUUCUGCAAUUUUAUUGA